CUGUUAUUGUAUGGAGAAAGUAUUGGCAGUUGUAUAUCAAUGUUAGUAGCCUUCUUCUCUCUUCUGGUUGGCUUGGCCUUGAUUUAAUCCCAUCAUUUUCAUUGUUAUCAUAAACUUGGAAUCUGCCUACCUCAACCCAGAAAGGCAAGUUCUUUUCCUACCCAUGCAGAGAGGGGCCUUGGUGUAGAAACAAAUGAUGAAGGUUUUUGCAGCUGCGGUGGAGGAAGGCAAAGCAGGGGAAAACGGGAAACCAUCAGUUGGUCCUGUUUACCGUAAUCUGCUGUCUAAGAAUGAAUUCCCUCCUCCUGAUCCCGAUAUCUCCACUGCUUGGGAUCUUUUCAGUGUAUCAGUGAAGAAAUACCCUGACAAUAGAAUGCUAGGAUGGCGAGAAUUCGUUAAUGGAAAGUAUGGGGGUUAUGAGUGGAAGACUUAUAAGCAAGUGAAUGAGGAAGUUUUGCGUAUUGGUUCUGCAUUGAGAGCAUCUGGUGCUGAACCGGGCUGCCGGGUUGGUGUUUAUGGCGCAAACUGCCCCGAAUGGACUGUCGCGAUGGAGGCUUGUGCUGCUCACAGUUUGGUCUGUGUACCUCUCUAUGAUACUCUUGGUCCCAACGCUGUCAACUUUAUAAUAGACCAUGCAGAGGUGGAUUUCGUUUUCGUGCAAGACAAGAAAGUGAAAGAACUGCUGAACCCUAGUUGCAAUGCUGCUGGACGACUUAAAGCGUUCGUUUGCUUCACUUCCCUAGCGAAUGAGGUCAAGGAUCGAGCAGCUGAACUUGGGAUGAAAGCCUACUCCUGGCAGGAGUUUCUAGUAAUGGGGGAAGAGAAUCAGACGGAGAUAGUUCCACCACAGCCAUUCAACAUUUGUACGAUUAUGUACACCAGUGGUACGAGUGGAGAUCCGAAAGGUGUUGUGCUGACACAUGACAUAGUUGCAAGCUUUGUUAGGGGUAUGGAUUUGUUCAUGGAACAGUUUGAAGACAAGAUGACUGUUGAUGAUGUGUACUUAUCGUUCCUACCGCUUGCACAUAUCCUGGACCGAGUGAUCGAGGAGUACUUCUUCAGCAAAGGUGCUUCAGUUGGAUACUACCAUGGGGAUUUAAAUGCGUUGAGAGACGAUUUGAUGGAGCUGAAGCCGACAUUUUUAGCUGGCGUGCCUCGAGUCUGCAAUUCAGGUAUAGUGAAAGCAUUAGACGAACUUAAUCCAAUCCGAAGGCGGGUUUUCGAUUUUCUCUACAAAUACAAGCUUGGCUGGAUGAACCUGGGUUACAAGCAGAAGAACUCCUCACCAUUGGCUGAUCUAUUGGCCUUUAGAAAGGUGAAGGCAAAACUAGGAGGCAGGCUUCGUUUAAUCGUAUCAGGAGGAGCACCAUUGAGCUCUGAAGUAGAAGAAUUCUUGCGGGUCACUUGCUGCGCCUUUGUACUCCAAGGAUAUGGAUUGACAGAAUGUUGUGGACCAGCAACACUAGGCUUCCCAGACGAGAUGUGUAUGAUGGGAGCGGUGGGAGCUCCAGCAGUAUACACCGAGGUACGACUCGAGGAAGUACCCGAUAUGGGCUACAACCCGCUUGGGGAGCCACCUUGUGGUGAGAUCUGCGUGAAAGGGAAAACAUUGUUUGCUGGUUACUACAAGAACCCUCAACUCACUACUGAAUCCAUUCAGGAUGGAUGGUUCCACACAGGGGACAUUGGGCAAAUACUUCCGAACGGGGUGAUCAAAGUGAUUGACAGGAAGAAGAACCUAAUUAAGCUGUCACAAGGAGAGUACAUUGCUCUAGAGCAUUUGGAGAAUGUGUUUGGGAUCACUCCCAUUGUCGACGAUAUAUGGGUAUACGGAGACAGCUUUAAACCAACUCUAGUUGCAGUUGUUGUGCUGCACGAAGAGAAUACUAUGAAAUGGGCUAAUUCAAAUGGCUACAAGGGUUCAUUCCCUGAGAUUUGUUGUCUAGAACAGCUAAGGCAGCACGUUUUGCUGGAGCUCAAGUCAACUGGUGAGAGAAAUAAGCUGAGGGGGUUUGAGUACAUAAAGGGGGUGAUAUUGGAAUCUAAGCCAUUUGACAUUGAGAAAGACCUGGUCACUGCCACUCUCAAGAAGAAAAGAAACAAGCUGCUCAAGUAUUACCAGGCGGAAAUCGACGGACUGUACCAGAAAUCGGGAGCAAAACGAGGGCAUUAAACAGUAGUCCAGACGAAGAAUGGUGGAUGAAGGUGUUUCUUGUAUUAUUUUUAAGUUAUUAUGAUUAAUAAAUCUAGUGAUCUUGAUGCCUUUGUAUAGUAAGGGUUACUUCAAGUUCUAAUACGAUGGAAUAUAUGGUGAGUACCAUGAAUGCGAUGAAGGUAUAUGUGAUAAUGAGUAAUGACAUUUUGCUUACGACAUAUGCUUUGCUUAUGGAUGUGGUAUCCAUUUCUCCUGUAACUCUGUAAGUUACAGUUACUGGUUUCACUCUUAGUUAGGAAGGAGAGAGACGGUUUAGAAUGGUAAAUCGAACCCGGUUUGGGUACUAUUAUUAUGGAGUUAUGUUUAUCAAUUGGGAUAACUAUUAGAGAUAUCAGUUGGUUGGUGGUUAAGUUUAGAAAUUUAUAAGGUUUUUUAAUAUUUUCUAUAAAUAUGUACUUUGGUC